AUGGUUUACUGCGGCAAGCCGAGCGCAGGCUGUGGUGCAUGUCGCGCCCGCAAAGUCAAGUGCGAUCAAACAAGGCCGGCAUGCAACCGCUGCAUCAAAGCUAAUCGGGAUUGCCCUGGUUAUCGAGACCAUUUAUCGCUGCUAUUUCGUGAUCAGAGUCGAGCUGUGGCCCGAAAGGCGAAGUCUGCCACCCCAGACUCCUCGUCAGCGUCGAGUCCGGUCCGUCAACCCUCUGCUGCUAACCCCUCGCUCCCUCUAAAGGGUACUGUUGGCGUCCAUUCUCCUGCAAGUACACCUGACGAGCUGGAUUUUAGCUCAGAUGUUGUCGUAAACUCCAUACCUUCUCACCCCUUCACAGUCAACAGGAAGUUUGAGGCGGCCUGUUUUUUCUUUGAUUCGUUUGCAUGGCUUUAUUCAGGCGUUAUGAAGUGGUGCGAUCCCUAUGGGGAUACAUCAUCGACCACUCCAUUGGGGAAGAAAGCUAUGAUGAAUGCGAUCGCCUCGGUGGGCAUGGCUAAUCUUUCAAGCAUUCAAGGCUCCCAUUCUCUACGCGUGUCUGCAUGGCGCGAAUACGCUGAGGCUUUGAAAUGGACGAACGCUGCUAUUUCAGAUCGCACGCAGGUAACAGAAGACACCACUUUGGCUGCAAUUCUCUGUCUAUCGUUAUUCGAGAUCUUGACAUGUAAACAUCCAGCGACAAUCAAUGAUUUUAUCCAACACACCAACGGUGCCAUUGCUCUCCUUGAGCUCCGAGGAGAAUCACAACUACAACUGCCAGACUCGCUCCAUCUAUUUUUUGCGUUACGCAACGAGGUUGUUAUCGGAUGUAUUUUACAGCGCCUUCCCGUACCUCGUAGACUAAUUGCAUUGUCGGAGAAAGCUACGAAGCUACCCACCGCUACUCCGAUUACUAAAGCAGGGCACAACCUGAACGUUAUCAUGGCUAGCGUGUGCGAUCUGCGCAUAUCCCACGAAAACCACAGGUCGAGCAUUAACGCAGAUCUACUGUCAUAUGCUUUUGCAUUAGAUUCCAGAAUAGAGGAUCUGAAAAACAAUUUUUCGGAGGAUUUUAUGUACGAAACCGUUACCGCGGCGCCGGAAACGUCGUUCAAACUGACCGAAUCGCGCCGAAUAUUCCCUCUGAAUGGGAUUUAUCAUAUAUAUUCGAGCUGGGGAGUCACCAAUGUGUGGAAUGUCUACCGAUAUGCUCGCAUUCUCAUUAACGAAGUCAUUCUCAAUCAACUUAGACUGAUGACGACCCAUCCAGAUGCAGACCCGCCGACGCAGGAUUUGAAAGACCUUUGUUAUCGAUCUUGUUGUCUGGUCCGGAGCCUUGCAGAUGAUAUCUGCGCCUCUGUUCCGUGUCUGCUUCAACUGGUCGGGUCUUCAGACCAGUUAGUCAAAUCAUCCGCGGGCGGGUUGACUAUACUGUUCCCACUUUUUAUUGCCGGGGGUGUAGAUGGACCCGAACAUCCAAAGUGCCGCUGGGCACAGGAAUGCUUUCGAAUUGUUGGGAGAGCCCUAGGUAUUGACCAGGCGCUGACGCUGGCAGACAUGCUGCCGGACGAAAAACCGAUGACAGCCUUUGUCGAUGCUUUAAACGAGUCUUUACACGAGCAAGAGAAUGGCAUAUUUCACGAUAUGCAAUGCAACACACCAGGUAUAUCAAAUACACCGAAUAUAAUAACUGACGAGGAUGAUCAAUAUUAUGCACUUGGGGCUUAG